AUGCAUGGGAGUGAUGUUUCAUCCUGAUAAAGUUUGAGUAUCUUUCACUGGUUCACAUAGGACAAUACCUAUUUUACUGUGUAUGUUAAAUCCCUGUUGUAUGUAGUUUUUUCCCCAAAGAAACUAACCAACCUCAUGUUUUUUUCCAGUCAAAUUUUUGGAAGUCAUAAAGCCGUUUUGUGCGGUCUUACCCGAGAUUCAGAAACCAGAGAGAAAGGUAUAGUAUACUGCAAUUUCUUUUCACUAGCUCUUCAACCGUCUUAGUUCUAGUGAUGUUUCUAUAACGUCCCUCUUUUACCUCUACAGAUUCAGUUCAGAGAAAAAGUACUAUGGACUGCCAUCACUCUCUUCAUCUUCCUGGUGUGCUGCCAGGUUAGUAUCUGCUGACCUGAACAUCUGUCUCUGUGUAAUUCUAUAUAUUGUAUGGUGCUUGCAGAGAAGCCCUGCCUGUCUUUGGUCUUAUUAUCACUAGCUGAUAAUAUGGUUAAGGCCACAGGUAAUGAUGACUCAAUGAGUGUGGUUAUAACUCUUGUGGGUACUGUUUAUUGGGUUCAUUCUUUCUCUUUGUCUCCUGUCCUCUAGAUUCCCCUCUUUGGCAUCAUGUCCUCGGACUCUGCAGAUCCCUUCUACUGGAUGAGAGUAAUCCUGGCCUCCAACAGAGGUGAGAACCCAACAGUCUGGUUCUACUUAGUUUGAAUGCUUGCCUGUGUCUGUAAUCAUCAGUCCAUAUGGAGGAAGACGAGUUUAAACAUUUGAACAGUGCGUCCCUAGCAACAGAUUCGGCCCGCCCACAAAGGGUACAAAAAAAGGAAUCUCAUUGAAAUGCAUUAAUUUUAGUGCUGUGUUAAAUGGCUUAAAUAUAACAUUUUUAAAUACCCAAGUGUUCUAUCUAUAAUCGAGUUGAUGCCUGAUCUUUGUAUAAAGCCAGCAAGUAAUUAUUUCAAGCUACGAAGCCGAGGUGGUAAAAUGCUAAUUCAAUGCAAUAACUGCAUGCACGCAGGUGUCCUGUGCCAUUGUAAAAACAGACAACUAUGCUGGGUCCGUAGUGUGAGUGGGAACAUUAUCAUAGUUUUUGCUUUGCUUCUCCACUGCAAUGUAUUUCUGGAGGCUAGGACUAGAAAUAUAUCGUGCAGAUUCGCUGGUUGGAUAGCCAGCCAGUCAUGAAACAGUUACUACUAGUAGCUAGCUAAUAGACGAGAAUACUAAAAAGAAGAACGUUCAUCAAGUGUCAUGACUGCAUGUUAUGUAUAGUUGGAUAGGCAGAAGCAGUGUCACUCUUCAUGGCAGAAAGUGUGUGCGCAUUUUGAACAUGACAACUUUCAAGCAACCCAAAUAUGGUAAGCUAGCUAGUUGGCUAACUAUUUUCAAAUUAGGCAUUCAUUUCAUAACCCAAUCUAGCGACGGUUGCAAGCUAGCUUUAUCUAGCCUGCAUAAUACUUUUUGCCUCGUUUGUCGAUCUGUAAUGCUAGCUAACUAUGCAGUACCAACCUGCAUGGCUGCCCAUCCAACCAGCUAGUAAUAGACAGCUAGCUAAUAGUGCUGAGUGAUUAGUGCUUUGAGGUCAUUUCGGUUUGAUAAAAUAAAUCACAGAUUUUGAUAAUUUAAAAAAGAUAAAUGCAUUAUGAAACAAUGACAUUCAAAUGUUUAUUUUUUAUUUUUUCAUGAAAAUUUCAAAUGCAAAAACAAUGAACAUUCAAUUGCCAAAACAUUUAAAAUAUUAUAUUGUCUAUGUCAGGUCAAAAUUGGAUAGACAUCAAUAGGAAAUUACUAUGAAAUAAUAAAAUAGUUCAGUUGUGUAUAUUACUUCGUUUUUAUUUGAUUACUUUAUUAUUUUUAAAUCCUUAGUCAUCAUCUCAUCUCUGCUCAGGCAGUAGCAGCCAGACAACAUUCUCUGUGCUCCCCAAAUACUGUACUGUCUUUAGUCAUCCUAUUUAGUUAGGCUAGCCUGCUUAAGCAUGCUGCAGAGCUGUCAGAGGAAAUCCUUUUACUAGUUCUUCAAAGUAAAUAAGGCAUACUUUCAGGAUCUCCAUCCCUCUCAUGUUGUGUACAUUCCUCGUGUGGUCUGUGUGAAACUAACCUUACAUAGUAGGUUAAAUGGAAUUCAAGUAAUUAGUUGUUUAAUAACCAAAAAAAGGAAAUGUCGGUAAAUCGCUCAGCACUACUAAAUAUUUAUAGUACAGAAAAUACAUUCUUCAAGUCGAGUUGGAUAUUAGAAGUGCUGUACUAAAGGAUCUAUUAUACUGCCAGUUAAGAUGGCAUGAAUACGAUCUAAACCAAAAAAUAUAGCAUGUUAAUUUCAAACAAAACACGUAAGUGAAUGGGUUUUCCAGCGUUCUAAAGCUUUCUUUACCCAUUGUGGUUGUUGCUAAGCUAAACAACGGGCUCACGUCAUUGACACACCGGUCUCCCUCCAUUUAUUAACGGCUCUCAGUCUUGGCUACUGAUCAUGUUAGAACCAUCUAUAUUACACCUUUUACUGUUUGGUUCCCACCUCUUACAUGGAUAAAUAAUUAUUCCCUGUGAUGUUAUCAGGUCUUAUCUCUUUUGACAAGCAGUCUUUGCAAAAGCUGACAUUCUUUAGCUGAUAUGUCACUGUAUUCAGAGCUUUGCCUUCGUAGAAUCCCCUUUUCCAUUACAACAGUGUUGGUUCAUAAUAAUGUUUGACUGAUAACUGAGUACUGUGAUCCUCCACCAUUCUUCAGGUACUCUGAUGGAGCUGGGUAUCUCACCCAUCGUUACCUCCGGUCUCAUCAUGCAGCUGCUGGCUGGAGCCAAGAUCAUUGAGGUUGGAGACACCCCCAAGGACAGAGCACUCUUCAAUGGAGCGCAGAAAUGUAGGUCCACCCUCUAAUCAUCUCGCACAGAAGCAGUUUUUACUAAGGAAUGGGAUUAAUCAUAAUGAGUUGAAUGAUAUAUAUUAUUAUAUAACCACCCGGCAACUGUUCUGAGUUGUGGGCUUGUUAUGUGAUGGGUAUUAGAAUAAGGGUCUCUAGCCUGUCAUAAGGGUGGGGUGUAUUUUUUGACACCUAUCAACUCACAACUGUCCAAGGAUAUUGAAUGGAACAAUCUUCCUUUGUCUCUGCAGUGUUUGGCAUGAUCAUUACCAUUGGGCAGGCCAUUGUGUACGUGAUGACAGGCAUGUACGGAGACCCCUCAGAGAUGGGUGCUGGGAUCUGCCUGCUCAUCAUCAUUCAGGUUAGUUAGCAAGGCAGUUAACCCCCUACAACAACUGCUCCCCGGGCGCUGAUGAUGCCGCACCUCUCCCAUUUCGGUUGAAUACGUUCAGUUGUGCAACUGACUCAAUAUACCCUUUCCCGUCCCUAUUUUAAGCUCUCUCUCCUUCUUCACCAGUUGUUUGUGGCAGGUCUGAUUGUGCUGCUGCUGGAUGAGCUGCUGCAGAAGGGCUAUGGUCUAGGCUCUGGUAUCUCCCUGUUCAUUGCCACCAACAUCUGUGAGACCAUCGUCUGGAAGGCCUUCAGUCCCACAACUGUCAACACUGGGAGAGGUAGGUAGCAGUAAGGCUAGUAUACAUAAACUACAUGACCAAAAGUAUGUGGACACCUGCUUGUCGAACAUCUCAUUCCAAAGUCAUGGGCAUUAGUAGGGAGUUGGUCCCCUUUUGCUGCUAUAACAGCCUCCACUCUUCUGGGAAGGCUUUCCACUAGAUGUUGGGGACUUGCUUCCAUUCAGCCACGAGCAUUAGUGAGGUCGGGCACUGAUGUUGGGCGAUUACGCCUGGCUCGCAGUCGGUGUUCCGAUUCAUCCCAAAGGUGUUCGAUGGGGUUGAGGUCAGGGCUUUGUGCAGGCAAGUCAAGUUCUUCCACACCGAUCUCAACAAACCAUUUCUGUAUGGACCUCGCUUUGUGCACGGGGGCAUUGUCAUGCUGAAACAGGAAACUGCAAACUGUUGCCACAAAGUUGGAAGCACAGAAUCAUCUAGAAUGGCAUUGUGUGCUGUAGUGUUAAGAUUUCCCUUCACUGGAACUAAGGGGCCUAGCACAAACCAUGAAAAACAGCCCCAGACCAUUAUUCCUCCUCCACCAAACUUUACAGUUGACAUUAUGCGUUGGGGCAGGUAGCGCUUUCCUGGCAACCGCCAAACCCAGAUUAAUCCGUCGGACUGCCAGAUGGUGAAGCGUGAUUCAUCAUUCCAGAGAACGCGUUUCCACUGCUCCAGAGUCCAAUGGCGGCGAGCUUUACACCACUCCAGCCGACGCUUGGCAUUGCGCAUGGUGAUCUUACGCUUGUGUGCGGCUACUCGGCUAUGAAACCCAUUUCAUGAAGCUCCCGACGAACAGUUCUUGUGCUGACGUUGCUUCCAGAGGCAGUUUGGAACUUGGUGAGUGUUGCAAUCGAGGACAGAUGAUUUUUAUGCGCUACACGCUUCAGCACUCGCCAGUCCCGUUCUGUGAGCUUGUGUGGCCUACCUCUUCGCGGCUGAGCCGAUGUUGCUCCUAGACGUUUCCACUUCACAAUAACAGAACUUACAGUUGACUGCGGCAGCUCUAGCAGGGCAGAAAAUUGACAAACUGACAUGUUGAAAAGGUGGCAUCCUAUGACGGUGCCACGUUGAGUCACUGAGCUCUUCAGUAAGGCCAUUCUACUGCCAAUGUUUGUCUAUGGAGAUUGCAUGGCUGUGUGCUCGAUUUUUAUACACCUGUCAGCAAUGGGUGUGGCUGAAAUAGCCGAAACCACUAAUUUGAAGGGGUUUCCACAUACUUUUGAAUAAAUAGUGUAUGUGUAUUGACAAUGUGCUCUUGCUCGUCAGUCAGGAUUGUUCCCUCUGCUGUGGUUAGUUGGGUAACCUUGUCUCUUGUGUCUCAGGAACGGAGUUUGAAGGUGCCGUCAUUGCACUGUUCCACCUGUUGGCCACCCGCACAGACAAGGUGCGCGCCCUGAGAGAGGCCUUCUACCGCCAGAACCUGCCUAACCUCUUGAACCUCAUCGCCACCGUCUUCGUCUUUGCUGUAGUCAUAUACUUCCAGGUCAGUGGACAGACGACCCCCUCUAUAGCCUAUAUCGUCUUGGCUGUCGUUUGAUUGGUUUUACAAAUGGUUGCCUAAGUGACCUAUGAUAUGACCAUAGGAUCUGUUGACAAUGUGAACAUAAAUGUUCAGACCAAAAAGCUGCAUGCAUAGAAUAUUUGAAAACCAACUUUGAAUACCAUUGGAUUUCUGUGGUUGUUUUUGAAAGGUCUUGAACACUUUUCGCCUCCUCCUUCCAGGGCUUCAGGGUGGACUUGCCCAUCAAGUCUGCCCGUUACCGUGGCCAGUACAACACCUAUCCCAUCAAGCUCUUCUACACCUCCAACAUUCCCAUCAUCCUCCAGUCUGCCCUCGUGUCCAACCUGUACGUCAUCUCUCAGAUGCUCUCCACGCGAUUCAGUGGCAACUUUCUGGUUAACCUGCUGGGCACCUGGUCUGUAAGUACCUGUCCACAAUGACCUUUGAGUGUUGCUUCUGUGUUCAUCACACAGAGGUAGAGACUUGCCUCACCCGCGUUCAUUUCACCAGUACUAUUUAAAAAUAUACAUCUACUUAGUUAUUUUUUUCUCAUCACAUUAAACCUUCAUGAGGUUAAAACGGUACUGAAUACUUCUGUGUGUGUGACUGUAAACAACAAAGAGUCUGUUUGAAGCCAUAAUGGGGUUAUGAUCACAUGUUUUGGACUACUAUGACAGCACACUGGUAGUGUUGACAGAUUAGACAUAUUUCUUUCAGCAAUCCUGUGAUCCUGUGUAAGAGAGCUAGCCUUUGGAAGGUUUUAAGAAGGCUCCAGACAUUUUCCCCCUGGUGGCACUGGUGCCACUAACUUUUUCAGUUGGUAGCACCAGCCCAAGAUUUGGUCACACGCCAAAAAAAAAAAAAAAAGGGUAAUGCAUAACCAUGGUACAGUGAGGGGAAAAAAGUAUUUGAUCCCCUGCUGAUUUUGUACGUUUGCCCACUGACAAAGACAUGAUCAGUCUAUAAUUUUAAUGGUUGGUUUAUUUGAACAGUGAGAGACAGAAUAACAAAACAAAAAUCCAGAAAAACGCAUGUCAAAAUUGUUAUAAAUUGAUUUGCAUUUUAAUGAGGGAAAUAUGUAUUUGACCCCUCUGCAAAACAUGACUUAGUACUUGGUGGCAAAACCCUUGUUGGCAAUCACAGAGGUCAGACGUUUCUUGUAGUUGGCCACCAGGUUUGCACACAUCUCAGGAGGGAUUUUGUCCCACUCCUCUUUGCAGAUCUUCUCCAAGUCAUUAAGCCUGACGUUUGCCACAGAUUUUCUAUGGGAUUAAGGUCUGGAGACUGGCUAGGCCACUCCAGGACCUUAAUGUGGUUCUUCUUGAGCCACUCCUUUGUUGCCUUGGCCGUGUGUUUUGGGUCAUUGUCAUGCUGGAAUACCCAUCCACGACCCAUUUUCAAUGCCCUGGCUGAGGGAAGGAGGUUCUCACCCAAGAUUUGACAGUACAUGGCCCGUCCAUCAUCCCUUUGAUGCGGUGAAGUUGUCCUGUCCCCUUAGCAGAAAAACACGCCCAAAGCAUAAUGUUUCCACCUCCAUGUUUGAUGGUGGGGAUGGUGUUCUUGGGGUCAUAGGCAGCAUUCCUCCUCCUCCAAACACGGCGAGUUGAGUUGAUGCCAAAGAGCUCGAUUUUGGUCUCAUCUGACCACAACACUUUCACCCAGUUCACCUCUGAAUCAUUCAGAUGUUCAUUGGCAAACUUCAGACGGGCCUGUAUAUGUGCUUUCUUGAGCAGGGGGACCUUGCAGGCGCUGCAGGAUUUCAGUCCUUCACGGCGUAGUGUGUUACCAAUUGUUUUCUUGGUGACUAUGGUCCUAGCUGCCUUGAGAUCAUUGACAAGAUCCUCCCGUGUAGUUCUGUGCUGAUUCCUCACCGUUCUCAUGAUCAUUGCAACUCCACGAGGUGAGAACUUGCAUGGAGCCCCAGGCCGAGGGAGAUUGACAGUUAUUUUGUGUUUCUUCCAUUUGCGAAUAAUCACACCAACUGUUGUCACCUUCUCACCAAGCUGCUUGGCGAUGGUCUUGUAGCCCAUUUCAGCCUUGUGUAGGUCUACAAUCUUGUCCCUGACAUCCUUGGAGAGCUCUUUGGUCUUGGCCAUGGUGGAGAGUUUGGAAUCUGAUUGAUUGCUUCUGUGGACAGGUGUCAUUUAUACAGGUAACAAACUGAGAUUAGGAGCACUCCCUUUAAGAGUGUGCUCCUAAUCUCAGUUCGUUACCUGUAUAAAAGACACAUGGGAGCCAGAAAUCUUUCUGAUUGAGAGGGGGUCAAAUACUUUUUCCCUCAUUAAAAUGCAAAUCAAUUUAUAACAUUUUUGACAUGUGUUUUUCUGGAUUUUUUUGUUGUUAUUCUGUCUCUCUGAUCAAAUAAAUCUACCAUUAAAAUUAUAGACUGAUCAUUUCUUUGUCAGUGUGCAAAUGUACAAAAUCAGCAGGGGAUCAAAUACUUUUUUCCCUCACUGUAGCAUUGAAAGGGAACAGUUUGGAGAUUAUUGGAAAAUUAUUAGACUAAAGGUGAGGAUACAACCGUUCACCUGACACAAGACUGAAUCCAAACAUUACACUGUUGAUUUUAUGUGCAUUUUAAUCUGAAAAUACUCUGGAUACAUUCAGUACCAUGAUAAGAAUAUUCCUGGAAAAUGUGGGGUAGAACAACGUAAAACCAAAAAAUGUCAAAGUGGCCACACCUCUCCAAAUUGUGCACAGUUCCUAAGUAAUUUCAAUGCCCUUUUAUGACAUGACUCUUAGCUGUGCUGUUGAGGAACUACAGCAAGCACAUUUGUAGUUGUUUUGUUUGGAACACAACCCUGCAUCCCCAGCAUCACACAAUUACUGUUUACGCAAUCCAAAAACAGUACAUUAUAAAUCACAAUCUGGGUCAGGUGGGCAUAAUUUGAAAGCCUGUUCUAUUGACAACAUGACGAGCUAAGUUAUAACAUAUGAUAUUUCAGUGUUAGGCUUUCACAAUGCAAUUCAGGGAAAGUAUCAUAAUUUUGGUGCGCAUAGAAAGGAGUCAUGAUUGGCGGGUGCAGUACUGCCAACCUCUUGUCGUGAGAGGUGCUGAAGUUCAGAACGGCAGUCAGUCAAAACCCAUUCAGUGAUGUGAAGCGCAGAGCCAGAGCUCUGACGUCAUGUAUAGCAUGUUACCGUACAGCCACUGCGUUCCAAUUUAGGUGUUUAUCAGUGCCAAAAUCUGCAAUUUUUAACCCAUAUACGGGUACGAGUGUAAAGGGUUAAGAAGUGUAAUAGACUACUGAGAUGGUAUUCAAGAAGUUGUUUUAUCUGUCGAAGCAGUAUUGCUGGGCAAUGGUUAUUUUUCGUAAUUGACUGACAUGGGUUCAAUUAUUUGAAUCCAUUUUUAUUUUUAAAAAUUUUUUUGUCAGCUCAAUGUGUAGUUUCUGUAGAGAGAAAUCAGAUCAAGCCCGAACUGUGCGACGUGGUUUCCAACAGGCCAAUAUUCUACAUAGUUUAGCGCAAAAAAACGUGGUAAUUAGCUACAAUGAACAUAAUCCAUUCUGCGCCUACUUGUCCGGUCUGUUUCUUUUACGCCUGCUACGUGAAAGAGACCGAAGAAUGCAUGAUCGAGAGUGAUUGAGCAGUUGCUUAGACAAUGUAUUUUCAGGUCAAGAUACCACGCUAAGUGAUUUUGAUAGUUGGUAUUCAGCAGUCAUAAAAGUAUGCCUUAUUUAUUUACUUUAAAGAACUACUUAAAUAGUGAUUGUCAGACAGCAUAGACGGCAGCGCUAUAGAGAUGAGAUGACUUGGAAUGAAAUAAUAAAGUCAUCAAAUGUAAUACACAACUGAAAUAUUUUUAUUAAAGUAAUGUCAAUAAAUUAUGGUUAGUAAGUGAUAAGCAGUAAUGGGCAGUCACUACCAUCAUGGGACUUUUAGUAAUUGUUUUUCUGUGUUACAGUACUCAAUCCACAUAGUGCAUUUAAUAGAAGAAAAAAAAAAAGUGGACACUUGUUUGUUUUUAUACUCGAAACCGAACUGACUUCAAAAAGCACUAAUCGCUCCGCACUAACAAGCAGGAAUGCAUAAUUUAAGAUUUUGAUGUGCAACCUAAUCCAGUGAUUGUCAUGAAAUCGGGAUUGGCAAUUAGGCUAUUGUUAUAUUUCACUGUCAAAAUUGGCCUCCAGAAUUUUGUGAUGUUUUUUUAUCCAAUAGAGAUGGUUUGAGUGAGGUUGCAAUGUAGAACACAUGUAACUCGCACAGCUAAGUCAAAUGGUUGCAAAAUGUAACUCAAUGGUCAGUCUUGAGCCCUGUUUUACUCCUAACAGCCCUGAUUGUGCUAUGCUUAUAUAGAGAAUCUAUACUUAAUGGAUUGUGUGUUUGUGUAUAGGAUACUUCCACUGGAGGACCAGCUCGUGCCUACCCGGUUGGAGGUCUCUGCUACUACCUCUCUCCCCCAGAGUCCUUUGGUUCUGUUCUAGAUGACCCCAUCCAUGCUGCAAUCUACAUCGUCUUCAUGCUGGGCUCCUGUGCCUUCUUCUCCAAGACAUGGAUUGAGGUUUCAGGAUCCUCUGCCAAAGAUGUGAGUCCCUUGAUGCACCAGAUGUAUUUGUUUCAACUGUUAGAUGCACAUAGGUACACUGAAGUAUGGUAGUUGCUAACUGUGCAUGUCUGACAGGUGGCUAAGCAGCUGAAGGAACAGCAGAUGGUGAUGAGGGGACACAGAGAGACCUCCAUGGUGCAUGAGCUCAACCGGUAAAAACAUACGCACCUUUGGUUGCACUCUGCCCCAAGUGUCAAUAAUUAUUGCUGUGUAUAUCUUUCUAUACAUUUCUAAAAUCUUGUGCUCUUUGUGAAGGUACAUCCCCACGGCUGCAGCCUUCGGUGGCCUAUGCAUAGGUGGGCUGUCCGUCAUGGCGGACUUUCUGGGCGCCAUCGGUUCGGGUACUGGAAUCCUAUUGGCCGUCACCAUCAUCUACCAGUACUUCGAGAUCUUUGUCAAGGAGCAGAGUGAAAUGGGCAGCAUGGGAGCGCUGCUAUUCUAGAAACACCCUCCUCCACAGACACACAGCGUCCACACUACAAAUUACUUACUUUUUAUUUUGCAUUGUAUCUAAUGCGCACAAAUCAGUACAUUCUGCCUCUGCGACGCGUCCUCUUUCUCAGCUUCAUUGUGUUCCCAGAAGCUGUUGAGGGCUCAUAUGCAGACUAGAUCUCACUGGGAAAGAAAGAUGGCACUUGACCCAGUGUUCAGCAUGGAAUUGCGCCUGUUCUGUCCCAUUUGUUUUGUUUUUCAAUUAUAUUACCCUCCUCUCUUCAUCUGACCAGCCAGGCUACUCAAAGAUGGUCUUAUCUUCUAUAGAAGGGUUAAAGGCACAAAGGUCUGUCAUGUCAUUGACUGACAUCAGUUGUGGUUGGCAGAAGCUUGCUCAAGGAAAUUGAAGACAGACACCAUUUAAAGGAGUCUGUUCUUAAACCAACACAAGCACUACACCUGGACAUUUUUGGAGAGUGGAAAGAAAGCCAUGUCAUGUUAAUUUCAGGUCAUUGUAAGCUGUGCAUGGGGUUUGAAGAGCCAUAUAUUGGGGUAAAAAAAAGUAUAAAUAUACUUGUACAUGUAUUCCUUCAAUGGCUCUGGGAAUCUCCAACAAGCUUUGUUAGUUUUCAUGUACCUUUAUUUUAUUUUUUUAAAUCAUGGAAUAUAUUUGUAUUCCUGCUAGUUUUAUCAAGGGCAUAUGUUUGUCCUUUGUCUCUGGGUCAUAAAGGGAAGCGUUUGUGUUGUGGUCUUUUAUUCCCAGACUGAAUCAAUGUAGAAACUGCCUAGGUUUGGUAGGGAUGGAAUGGGGUUUAAUUUAGUGGUUUUUACUUUCUGUAUUGGACCCAAUUUUUGUUAAAACAAUUUUACUCGAUUUCUUCUUUUUUUUACUUUACAGUAGUUAGAUAAUCUACUGUCAUGCACCCCACUGAAAAAGCAUAGCAGUGACCCCAAAUAAAACACUACCAUGGACAUAGGGCCCAUGUCUUUGUUCAGGCCAAUGUUUUUCAAUAAAUGCUAGAAAACAACA